AUGUUUCGACUUGGUGUUCGACGCUUUACGACUACAGCCGUAAGAGCUGCAGAGAAUGUCGCGCAGAUGGAAGCCCCAAAUCAGUACGGCAUUGGAGUUUCCAAAGCUCAGGGUGUGGUUAAAGGUUUAACUGGAGCAAUUGGGAACACCCCAUUGAUCCGAUUAAACCAUAUUUCCGAUGCGACUGGCUGCGAAGUAUUAGGAAAGGCAGAGUUCAUGAAUCCUGGAGGAUCAAUCAAGGACCGAGCUGCUCUAUAUGUCGUAAAGGACGCCGAAGAGAGAGGGUUACUGAAGCCUGGAGGAACUGUUGUCGAAGGAACGGCCGGGAAUACAGGAAUUGGACUUGCACAUGUUUGUAGGUCUAAAGGCUAUAAGCUCGUUAUUUACAUGCCAAAUACACAAUCUCAAGGAAAGAUUGACCUCCUGAGGUUGUUGGGUGCCGAAGUGUAUCCAGUGCCAGCGGUUGCUUUCGACAAUCCACAAAAUUACAACCAUCAAGCAAAACGACACGCAGACAGACUGGAGAAUGCGGUUUGGACAAAUCAAUUCGAUAACAUCGCGAAUCGACGCGCCCACAUUGAGACUACUGGCCCAGAGAUAUGGAAUCAGACCAAUGGGAAAGUGGAUGCUUUCACCUGUGCUACGGGAACAGCAGGUACCUUGGCUGGAAUCACACGUUACUUGAAGACAAAGUCCGAUGGAAGAGUCAAAUGUUAUCUCGCGGAUCCUCCGGGAAGUGUUUUACAUUCAUACAUUCAAUCAGGUGGAAAGCUGGUGGAUAGAACUGGUUCCAGUAUCACUGAGGGAAUCGGACAAGGCAGAGUUACAGACAACUUGAAACCAGACAUUGAUUUACUAGACGGCUCAAUGCACAUCAGUGAUGAGAAGAGUAUCGAGAUGGUCUACCGAUGUUUAGAUGAGGAAGGAUUGUACCUCGGAGCUAGUUCGUGUUUGAAUGUUGCUGCUGCAAAGGAGCUAGCUGAAAAGCUCGGAAAGGGGCACACUGUGGUGACAGUACUAUGCGAUGGCGCAUACAGGUAUGCCGACCGAUUGUUCUCCAAGAAGUGGUUAUCGGAGAAGAAACUCCUUGGAGCAAUUCCGAAACAUUUAGAGAAGUAUAUUGUGCUUCCUUAA